AUGAGAGGAUCCCGAACUUCUGGGCAUGCGUUGCUCGCAGCCAUCUUCCUCGCCACCUCUGCCACGGCGCAACACUCGCAUAAUAUCUUUGCGCGACAGUCGACUUGCCCAGAUCCAUCUCUCAGCAGAUGCGCGCAAGCGGGCUUGCCUGCAAAUUUCUGCUGCGGAUCCGGUUCCACUUGCAUACCACUUGCUGGAAACUCAACCCUCCUCUGCUGUCCAACCGGCGCAGACUGCACGACGAUCAAGCCGAUCACUUGCGAUAUCACAGCACAAGAUAUCACUCUGCAUUCAAGUAAUAUGCUCAAGACUACCAUCUUCACGGUGCCUUUGGCGACCUGUAACGGGCAAUGCUGUCCUUUUGGGUAUAGUUGCAACAGCGGAGGCAACUGUGUUCAAAACGCAGACCAGAGUGCCAUACCAGGUGUAUCGGCGAUUUCUCCAACAUCCACAUCCGCGUCUCCAACUUCUUUAAAGAUUCCAGGCUCAGCCAGCUUGCCUUCCCCCACUUCGCCAUCCACAAAUACUUCCUUGGUGGUGGCCCAAAAUCAGUGCGACAACUUCCCAGCCCCCGCUAUCCUCGCAGGCUUUUUCCCAGGCUUAGCAGUAGGUAUCUUGCUCUCGGUAGCCACCGUCUGCUUCCUCGGGGCCCGCCGUCGAAGAUCCGCCAGAAAGAGCGGCUCCUCGUUCGGCAACAUUUCUGAACCUGUAGGCGGCUGCGAUAUGCGAAGCGACUUUACGUACAAAUACCCGCAAGCGCCAUAUACGGCCGGUGAAAGCAGACCCGGGCGGCGUAGUACGGUAUACCGGGUCAAGUCUAUGUUCCGGAAAUACAACGACCAAGCUUUUAGCUUGGCGCCCCCGCUCCCGUUGAAUGUGCAGAGACCGAUGGCGCAGCAGAGAAAAAACAGACCGGUUACGCCUCCGCUGCAGAGGGAGGUGAGUUCUGAGCGUAUGAGCAUCUUUGCGGAUGCUGAUACGGCUAGUUCUUUUAGGGACACGGAGAGGACGGAUAUUGGGAGCCCUCAGCCGCCGCAGGCGUCGUAUGCGAGGGACAAGCACCAGACAACGUUCUCGGAUUUGAUAGAGCGGAGUGCACUGGCUGGGUUGCCGAAGGGCCAACGUGAUCUACAUCUGUUAUUCGUGCAAGCGGCGUUGUUCUUCAUGGUGGACAGUGAGAAAGAAUACCCAGACUGGAUCGUCAGCCUUGCUUUGUAUGGUGUCGGGGCGUCUCUUUACAGCUGUAGGAGGUCACUUCCAGUCACUGAUGGGCUCUUCAUACAGCGGUGGAGUUUCGCACCACGCCGCGAAAGCGCAGCCAUAGCUUCUCAGCCAGAAACAACAACGACGACAACAACAACACCGAUUCCUCACUUGAUCAACCACAACAGAGAUCUUGCUAUCUUCCUCAACAGAGCUACGACUGAGAUCCCACCGUCGACCACAAUGGAGUCCCCCUCAGGCACGAACCCUGGCUCGCCAGGUGGAAAUCCCCCCCCACGCUACAACUCCAUCGAUCACUCCAACUUCGGCCGCAUCAGCCCGGAGCUCCGAGCCAUCAUUCUGGAGAUGGUAUGCGAAGACCAGGUCGUACUCCAGGUAGUUCUCGAGAAUUCCGGCGUCAGAAUUGCUGGCCAGGCCCCUGGGAUCCCAGGCAUUAUGCAUGCUACCCGAGAGACUCGCGAAGUUGCGCUGCGGUUCUUCGAGCCUAUGUCUGAGCAGGACUUGAACCCAAUCACCCCAGCUCAGGUCGCGGUUGCUCCCGCUCUGCCUACCGCUGGAGGCUUUGUGAUUUGGGCCACACGUAAUAAUAAUGCCAGAACUGCCCGCGCCAGCCGCGCUCGAUUCUCCGCAACGACUCUCGAGGAUCUCAAUCUCCCCCAGGACAAGAAUUUCGAGUUCAUCGAGGUUCCCACGUCCAUUGGAUCUGAUGGGCUUCCUGAAGGUGGUCAUUUGGUAGGGGAUGCUGUGUAUGGAUUGACGCCUGGUAUCUGCUCUGAGAAUGUUUUAUUCCGCUUUCACGCUCCUCACCCUUGGUCGGGAAAUUACCAGCUAAUGAAUGGUCCUCAAUCUUCUUACCCAGCCACUGCCAGCGUACUGCAUCCUGCGGACCGUAUAACCCUGGCGGACGGUGCCUUCCCCAUUCGAGCCAUCAACAACAAUGAGCGCGGUAAGGCUCGGUUCAUCCUCCAUCCGGUCGUAGCUGAGGAGAUCGCCAAAGUGGGCUCCCCACGCAACCGCAACUUCUUCGUGAACAAGGCGGCUCUCAUCCUGAAGCUGCAAUUCGGUGAAGCCUCUCAGCAUAUGUACCCGACCUUCAGCUUGGCACCCACUCGUAGCAACGUCGUCCCUAAGCGUAUGCUUGGUAGCUCUGAGGUCCAUAAUAUCAUUGACUCACUGCGUGCCAAUCGUGCUCCUGAUCGCUUCUUCCCCAGCCUUGCUGUCCCAGAGCUCUUCGGUCAGAUCCAGCACCUGGUACUUAACCUGAUGCUCCCACCAUUCGCCGGCGCUCCUAGCAACGUCCACAACGCUUCGACCGCCUUCUCUGUCUGGGCUGAAGAUACUGCUGACAAUCUGGUCGAAUCCCGAUGGUUGACAAGCACUCUCGGCCGCUUCCCUGCGCUGAAGACCCUUCGCUUCUACGUUAUGGGUGACCACAACAUCCCUUCUGACAAGAUCGUUACGGUGCGCAACCUGUUCCACGACCUCCCUCCCCGCGACACCCGAGACUCUCGAGACACCGUCUACAACAUCCCGAUCCGCGAGAGCGACGGCGUCACCUUCAACAAGGCCAAGCUGCGCAUUCUGGAGCGUGAGCUCUCCCGUGCCAUCACUGAGAAGGCCGAGCGCGACGAGAUCCGAUCAUUCUGGACGACAAAGAUGACCCAGACGUCUACCGCUCCAUCAUCCGAUACUGAUUCCUGCCAAACUCGCCCGCCCGCCCAUCCGCUCACACACGUUCACCCCGAUGCAGAUACGUAA